CUGCAACUCUACAGACCAAUGACAACUCUACAAACCAAUCCAUAAACAAAAAAAUUUUGUGUAAACUGAAAACAAAAGCGGAAGUCGAAAAGCUACGUUUUAGAAUAUAAUUUGGACCCUAUGAUUUGUUAAAUUUUUGUUUGGAGCAUGGGAUGCUGAGAGUCCUUUAACAGGUUGCAAGGUACUUUAUAUACAGUUCGAGCCCCGCUGAAGCAACAACGCAUUUAAUCAAUGUUCUCCAACGGACUGCCGUGCAAUCUCUCGUUCCCAAGCUGUCUCAGUGUGCCGAAAGACGAGAUUGGUAAUGAAGAGCUCCUGCCCUCCAACAUGGGUACCCGCGAGCCAGUAAUCCUCAACGUCUACGAUAUGUACUGGAUCAACGAGUACACCACCUCGAUUGGCCUCGGCGUAUUCCACUCGGGCGUAGAGGCCUUUGGAACGGAGUUCGCCUACGGAGGUCACCCCUUCCCCUUUACGGGCGUCUUCGAAAUUUCGCCCCGCGAUCACGACGAGCUGGGCGACCAGUUCCAGUUCCGCCAGAGCAUCCAGAUCGGCUGCACGGACUUCACCUACGAGGAGGUACGCCGCAUAGUCGAGGAGCUAGGCAACCAGUUUCGCGGCGACCGCUACCAUCUGAUGAACAACAACUGCAAUCACUUCUCGGGCAACUUGACCCAGAUACUUUGUGGCCAAGAAAUACCCAGCUGGGUCAACCGUUUAGCGCAUUUUAGCUCCUGUGUGCCAUUUCUACAAAGAUGUUUGCCAAAAGAGUGGCUGACCCCAAACGCCUUGCAGCAGAGCAUAACCACAAUCCAAGAGCGCGAAGACUCCGACACCAGUCCACUUUGAGACAUUACCUGACCGAAAACAUGUCACUUGCAGACACGGACACAGACACCCAAGGAAUCAUAGUUCACAUCCAGGAGGCAGCCCCCGGACUGCCGACACUGUUAAGUUACACUGGACGAAAUGCCGGGAUACUCACGUCUAAAACAAUUUCCAAGCCAAUAAUGCCCAAAACCGAAACAGAAACAGAAAACCGAAAUACGAAAAACAAAAGCAAAAAGCAACAACUAUUAUUAAUAGACUUGAAUUAGGCGAGAGAUACAUACAUACGUACAUAGAGAACAUCAACAUACAUACAUGCAAAGUGACUAAAUUAUUGGCUAUUGUAAUUCGUAUUUGUAAUAUGACUAUUCAGAAUUAAGAUAUUAUUAAGUGGCCGAUAAAUUUAAGUAGCAGGCUAGCAGGCAGUGUCAUUUAUAGAAUUUUAAAUUAAAUUCGAAAGACAUCGAUAAACCAUCAUUAGGCACUUGCUAAAUUGUACUAACAAUACCACAGACAUAUUGGUGAAACGAUAUCAAAAUGUUGCCCAAUUUACUUGUUUACCUUUUUUGUCAGCGGCUGUCAGGGGGUUCUUAUUACCUUUUUUUUAGGGACUCCCCGCCCGUCCUGAAACCAUCUGGACUCGUUUAUUGAGCUAAUUUACUAGUUGAUUUCGUUUACACCAUUAUUAUACCUAGCAGAGUUCAUGAGCCGCAUGUCUAUCAAAACACCAAAUUGAUCUGUUAUCAAGAAUAAUAUGUACUUGACAUUCUGAUAUUUACACAUGCAUAAAUACUAUUAUUAAACAUUUUUAAAGAAAAAUAUAUUUUGAUCGAAAACAA